AUGCAGGGCCAGAACUCAGAUGAAGAUCACAUCUGCUACUAUAUGGCUAGAAAACGACGGCUGGAACGUGUCUAUCAAGUUGCAGGUGAAGCCAGUCAAGCUCGAGACCACUUCCGGCUCUAUCAGGCGAUCAGACAACUUGCACCCAAACAACAAUUCUGUCGGUUGCAAAUCAGAUCAUCAGAUGGCAAUAUCAUGACACCUGGACAGGAAGCUGAUCUUUUGGCUCAGUGGUUUACCGAGCUCUACCAGGACACUGAAUCACCACCUGCUCUUCCCUUCAACUGGCCAUUCACCAGUUCAGAAUUUUGUGAAGGACUGCGAUCCCUGCCUCUACGGAAGGCACUUGCCCCGGAGUAUGUGCCAUCACCAUUUUGGAAACUGACAGCUCAACAGGUCUCCACUUAUUUGGAUCCUGCCCUACAUGAAUGGAGCUCCAAUGCCAGGUUUCCUCAGUGCUGGAGUGAUGGAACCUUGGUCUUCUUGCCGAAGACCAAAAAGAGGACACAAACACCCUCUGAACUACGUCCCAUAUCGUUGUUGGAACCAUGCGGUAAAUCAGUCAUGGGCAUGUGCGCAUCACAAAUCUUGGCUCACACUUGGCAGGAACUUCAACGAUGGCCGCAGUUUGCAUAUCUUCCAGCCAGAGGUGUAGACGAGGCUCUUCACAGAAUCCUUCAGCAUUGUCGGAGACAGCGUGACUCUCAGAAGAGACAUUGCUUGGAUCCCCAUGACGUGAUCUUACUGACACCAGCCAAAGAUUUUGCAGUGCAAUCUUCUCUCAUUUGGGAGGUGUGGCAUCGUCGUGGUUCUUCUCGUGAAGAGGAGUGGCACAAGGGACCGAAAACUAUCCCCCUGCGCCACACAUUGGCGGUCUCGAUGAUGAUGGUCUUGGAGGAGCGCCUCACCAAGUUAGCCAACGCGGACACGGCUUCAGAUCUCUUUCAAGCGUGUAUCCAGCAGAAUUUGAUCACCAAGGAGAAGACAAUGCCGAGCGAGGGUUGCAUUCCUGCCAUGGGGAAUGCUGAAACGUCACCAGAUUGGACCCAGAUCUUGCAAAGCCUACCUGACGUGAAGCAACAUGGACCGCAGCCUGAAAUGUGCGUAAGCACGCCAAUGGCGCUGAACCUACGACAAGCCUCCAAAGUUGUCAAGCGCAGUCUCCUUCGUGCUCAGCGCCGUGCAGAGUGUUUUGGAAUGACCUGGUACCGUGGCAAGUGCCUGACCCUUGCUGACUUUGCAAAGAUGGGGAUGCCGCCGACGUAUGCAAUGGCACAGGCUCCGAGAAUCCAAGAUGUUAUGAGCUGUCAUAGCCAUAAUAAACCCAAAAAACGCCUUACGUGCCUAAGCUGGAACGGUGGGGGCCUUGCCUCAUCCAAAUUGGACGAAAUCAAAACCUGGCUUUGUUUGCAACAGGUCCAAGUAGCAGUUUUGACCGAGACCCGAUGGUCCUUCCAGUCCACCUGGAGUGACAAUGCCUGGCAUCACAUACACAGUGCAGAUCCCAAUCACCGUGGGUCGGGGGUCCUGAUCCUGAUAUCCAGAUCGCUGUGCCAUUCCAAUGACUUGCGCUGGAACGAGAUCAUCCCAGGUCGGCUUGUCCAUGUGCGUGUCAUGAAUGCAACCAGAAAUCUGGACAUCUUGGGAUGCUACCAACAUGUGUACAAGAAGGAUAAGGAGCAACUCCAAAAAAGGGACAAAUUCUGGCAGACGCUGGAAACCCAACUGACCAUGUUACCUGGACGGAACACAGUUGCACUCAUGGGAGACUUUAAUUGCUCCCUGCCCACUUCCGCUGGCGUGAGUGGUCCCAGCUCCUACACCUGGAACCAGCAGCAGGCCGUCGGGCAUGCAAUGCAGUUGAGACGCCAGAGAUUUGCAGAGACAGUGCAGGAAGCCCAUGCUGCAGCCUUGCAUUUUGACACCAGAAAGCUGUUUGACAUUAUCAACCGAGUCCCCUUUGACAUUGGUGAGUUAGCUUCUGCGUUGAGUAGGCGGUCCUUGGGCUGCUCAUUCAGAUUGCUGCUGCCCAGGCAGAUGCUGAGUUCCGAUGCUGGCCCAUCUGGGCGUUUCGUGCUGGCAGAUCGACCCAAGACCCGCUGGCCAAAGUGGCUGCCCAUUGUAGAAAACCUCACAAUUUACGCCGACGAUUUUCAUGUAGGAGGUGUUUUCAGGAGUUGUCAAGACCUUCAACUUUUAUUAGAGUGCAUUGGUAUGCUCUUUGAAUUGCUGGCUGAAUUUGACCUGAGCCUGAAUCCACAGAAAUCCGUGGCCAUCCUGCACAUGACUGGCUCCCAGAGCCGCAAAAUGCGUGCCUUGCACACGCAACGAGAUCAGCAUGGCGAGAGGAUCAAAAUCCCGGUUGGCAACACUGUGACAUUGGUGCUACAGCCUGGCCCAGAUUUCUGCCUCCAGAAGCCUGCUGUGCUGCCAAUGAUGUCCAGCACUCCAUCUCAAAGCAGCCAGACCCAUUCGACAGGCACACGCCUCUUGACAGCAACCGACCUGGACCUCUUGCGUAGCAAAUCCUGGGGCGACAGUGUUUUGCAUAUGAUUGCCACUGACACUUUGCACAAUUUGGAACAUGAAUGGGAGGCUUGCCAGUACCUCUCCAAGCAAUGCUUCCUUUGUGGAUUGCAGCUGUCACGUACACAGGACAUGAACCUUCACUAUCGCACUGAACAUGCUGCGCACUGGACCAAUGUACCCAGCAAGGCAAUGAUGCUCACCAACAUUCACAGUUCUGAAAGCCCUUGCCCACAUUGUGGGGGAUGUUUCAGAAAGCACCAGUGCCCAGUCUGGACUCAAAUUGCUGUCAUUGUCUUGAACGGCGGAGGACUGAUGCAGCCUGAACCCAUGGAAGUGGCACCAACGCACCGUUGCGACAUCUGCUUGGCACCCUUCACAGAUGCUGCUCAGCUGACACAACAUCUUCAGGAACAACAUAACUUGGCAGGCAUUUCCUUCAAUGUAGCCAGAGACAGCUUGAACUCUGAGGCGGCCUGUGCCCACUGCGGCUCGGUACAUACCUCGAUGGAGGGGUUGCGCACUCACAUAACCAGAGGCCAUUGCCCCAGCUUCAACCCUGAAGCUACUGCCGAGACCACUCCGAUCACGAAGGACUGGCUGGACAUUUGCCUUCAUGGAUGUUUGCUUGAACAUUUGCAGCCUCCAAUGCGUAGGCUCCAGUUGAGCAUCCGGUGCCAACAAUGUGCACAGGCCUACACCCGUGCUGGUGACCUUGCCAACCAUCUCAUGACCUGCCAUUCGAGGCAGAUUGGUAUGAUGUUCCACCGCCUGCAGAGUGGACUUUUCAUGCCGGUGCAGAUUCCUGAUGCUGUCAUACAUCAGAUGGUGCAUCACUCAAUUCCUGAUGACAUCAAACAGAGAAUUGCUCGAGUUUUCAUUGACCGCUCAUUUUCAGACUUGUGGACUGACCAGGCCAUGAAGCAGAUCCUGCGCUCCUGGUGUGUUCUGUGCGGCCAAGAACAUCAUCCAGGGUUGCUGUGCAGACACCUCCAUGAGGCCCAUGUCAUUGGUCACCGCUUUGCUGAUUUUUACAAUGAAGCACUGUUCCCAAUCUUGAUGCAUGAGAUUCAGCCUGACCACUGCUGCACGUUAUGUGGACAAAUUUUCAACUUGCCAGCUCUGACACCUUCAGAUGCCUCUGCAGCAGGGAGAUUGGAACUGGUUCAAGUCCACCUACGUGGCAAUUGCCCGGGCGACUUGGUCAUGAGUGGUUGGGACGAGGGAGCCUUGGGACAGAUCAGAGACACAUUCCAGUUUCUUCAGCCGAUCUUGGACAAGGGCCUGGCACUGACACCAAAUCCCAGAGCACCGAAGCAGCGCCGCACAGAUCAACAAAAGGGGCAACAAGCAGAUCCAGAUCAGCCCGAGCACGACCCCCAGUUCAACCUGAUGAGAUACCUUCAGCUUCUGGGGCUGAUGGCUCUGCGUCAAGAACACAGCUUGAGCGUCUUGCAAAGCACAGACUCUUUUAUCCUCUUCUUCCAGCCGGAGGAGGGGGGAACACUGCAGGGGCUCAUUGCCGAGACCAAGAAAUGGACGCAACAACGCCAACAGGGACCCCAGCAGCUCCAAACCCCGCUGAGACAGCACCUGAGCCAAUGGAUGCUGACAGACUUGCUGAACCGUGCCACCAAGGUUUCGAAGUGCAAGCAAGGGGACCCAGUCCUCCAGGCUUGUCUGGACAAGAGGUUGCUGCUGGAGGAUCUGAGCUGGCCGUACCUACGUUGGAAUGCGGAACAAAAGGCUCUGGUAGUGGACAAGAAGAAGUCUGUCACAAUGCCGAAAAUGCUGCAGCACCUGGAGGAGCUGAUCCAGGAUUUCCGGGAUCCUGGCCUGGUGCUCAAGUUCCAGAGCCUGCAGACGAGCCAGGCCCAAACAGAGCGCCAGACCCUCCGAGCUGCUGUUGGAACUUUGCCACUCCUCCAUCUGGCUGCUGAUGGGAGCAACACUGCGACCUCACUCACCCAAACCGAGCAGCCUGGCCACCCAGGUAAGGAACAUGAUGCCCAAGACAAAGGGCCAUGGGAAAGGCAAGAACCACAACAAGACCCGGGGCACCGCUUGACUGAGUCUGAGAUUUGCUCUCUGUGCAAUUUGGCUGUUGCACUGACGUUUGCAAAUGAUAGCAAUUGGUGUUUUGCCAAUGUGACGCUGUAUUGCCUUUUGUGGGCUUUGCUUAGCCUGAAGCCUGCUGAUGCCUCUUCCUGGGGACCACGCUUUGAGCACUUGAUGCAACUUUUGCAAAACAGUUUGAAUCAUGAAGUUCAAUUGAUUGACCUUCCUUGGUUUGCACACCUGCUCAAAGAUUUGGGGCGCACACCUGCCCAGCAGGACUGCAGCGAGUUUGUUCACAUUUUGCUGCAGUGGGUUUCAUCACCAGCAAUUGACAUGAGCUGGCAUCGACGUUGCGAAACAGACGCGGGCACAAUUGUAUCAGAUCAAAGCCAAGCAUGCAUGCCAUUGUUCUUGCAAAUCCCUGCAAACCUUGCAUUUCAGACCAAUUGCACACUUGAAGAUUUGCUGCAGCACUGGUGUCAGGUUGAUGGGAUGAGAGCCGCAAUGCUGCAGGCUGCCAAGAUUAUAUGCAUUCACGUGGAUAGGCUGGUCUCCACCUCCGGACAGAUUGAGAAAAGCAGUUGCGCCAUUGAUGUUGACACUGGAAUUGCAAUCCCGCACUUUGUUGAGGAUACAUUGCACCAGGCAACAGCAGAAUAUGUUUUGAUUGCGGCUGCGGCCCAUUUGGGCAUUGACGCCGCUGGCCAUUAUCAGGCGAUCCUUAAGGUACAACCUGCUGUGAUUUCCUCCUCCUGCGCAGUACAAUGGCUGAUCACUCAAGAUCAUUGCAAGCCAAAACCUGUUUGGGAAGUUCCAAAUACUCUCAAACAAAAUUUGAAUGUGUUAUGGCUCAUGCGUGCAGACAGCUUGCGACUGCCGGGAUAUCAUUGCGACACAGAGACCACUGUGAUUGAACCUGAAGCAGAGGAGGCACUGGAGGAGAACCUCUUAAUGCUGCUUCGAACAUCCACUGCUGAAACAUCGAUUGCGCCAUCCAGCACCACGACGUGA